AUGGCUUCCCGGUCACUCGCAGCGUCGCUGCCUCGACGCCUCCUCCCGUCACCACGCGCUGCGAAGUUUGCGCCUCGAACGUUUUGCACCGCGCAGCGAACACAUUCAUUCGGGGGGGCGUACCGUCCUGCGCUGCGUAUUGCUGGCCAAAGAAGGGCCAUGUCCUCUACCGCUCGCACUCGCUUCGCCCAGGUCCGCGAUGACGACCCACAGCAGAUUGAACGCGAAGCAGACGAGGUCGAUGUUUGUAUUGUUGGUGGCGGGCCUGCAGGGUUGUCGGCUGCUAUCAAGCUCAAGCAACUGGCCAACGAGGCCGGCAACGAAGACUUUCGGGUGCUGGUUCUCGAGAAGGCUGGAGAGCUGGGCGACCACAUUGUCUCUGGCAAUGUCAUCGAGCCGUCUGCACUCGAUGAGCUUCUUCCCGACUGGAAGUCAGAGGACAACCCCAACCGCUACGAGCACAUCACACCGGCCAAGGAAGACCGCAUGCGCUUCCUUACCAAGACCGGCUCGAUCUGGAUGCCAAAGCCUCCGCAGAUGAACAACCACGGCAACUACAUAAUAAGCCUGAACCAGUUGGUGAAAUGGCUUGGCGAGCGGGCGGAAGAGGUUGGCGUGGAGGUAUAUCCUGGCUUCGCGGCCUCGGAGAUCUUGUACGACCACGAAGGUGUCGUCAAGGGUGUCGCAACAAAUGACCUCGGCGUUGGCAGGGACGGCAACCCGAAGGACUCGUUCGAACGUGGUAUGGAAUUUCACGCUCGUGUGACAUUGCUCGGUGAGGGCUGCCACGGCAGUCUUUCAAAGCAAGUCAUUAAGAAGUACGAUUUAAGACGCGACAGCCAGCACCAGACAUACGCACUUGGUAUCAAGGAAGUCUGGGAAAUUCAACCAGAGAAAUUCCAAUCGGGCUUGGUAGCGCACUCGAUGGGAUACCCUCUGCCCAAGGAUACCUAUGGUGGGGGCUGGAUGUAUCACUUUGGAGACAACAUGGUGAGCAUUGGCUUGGUAACAGGACUGGACUACCCCAAUCCAUGGCUGGCGCCCUAUGGCGAGUUCCAGAAAAUGAAGCAGCACCCCUACUACCGCGAUUUUCUUGAGGGGGGCAAGUGCAUAUCGUACGGAGCUAGGACACUUGUAGAGGGUGGCUUUCAGUCAAUACCCAAAUGCGCAUUCCCUGGUGGCGCUUUGAUUGGCGAUACCGCCGGGUUCUUGAACGUACCCAAGAUCAAAGGCACCCACACGGCGAUGCGGUCUGGCAUGCUUGCAGCCGAAGCUACAUGGGACGCUUUGCAGGGCAACCCAGAGGGCUCUGUGUUCCUGUACGAUUACGAGGACAAGUUGCGCAAUUCGACCAUCUGGUCAGAGUUGAAGCAGGUGCGUAACAUGCGACCGUCUUUCCAUAAGCUUGGGUUCUAUGGCGGAAUUGCAUACUCGGGUCUGGAGGCAUACGUCUUCCGAGGGAAGACGCCCUGGACACUGAAACACGGGAAACCCGACCAUGCCGCCACUAAGACCGCGGACGAGUGCCAGAAGAUCGAGUACCCUAAGCCAGAUGGUAAGAUCAGCUUCGACAUCUUGACAAGUGUCAGUCGCAGCGGCACCAAUCACGAGGAAGACCAGCCUGUCCAUCUGCAAGUCAAGGACUGGGAUGCGCAUGCUCAAAAGGAGUGGCCCAAGUACAAGGGCGUCGAGAACCGUUUCUGCCCCGCUGGAGUAUACGAGUAUGUCGAGGACGACAGCAAGGAGUUGGGCGUCAGGUUUCAGAUCAACGCCCAAAACUGCGUACACUGCAAGACAUGUGACAUCAAAGUACCGGAUCAGGACAUCAACUGGGCCACUCCUCAAGGCGGCGAGGGCCCCAAGUAUGUAUUGACCUAA